AGUGGGCGGAGCUACAUGCUGUACCUCUCUCCGCCAACAGAGGGCGACAAAGAGACUUACAGAACUACAGCUCCCAGGACCUUCAGCGAUACUUCCGAUUUCCGGUUUAGUGGAGAAGUGAAGAUGGCGGCGUCCAGAAAGAAAAACUCGAGCAGUGCCUGUGUGAUUCCAGGAGGAUUUACAGUGCUGUCCUUGAAGUUUCACUCGAGCAGUACAGCGCAGCACCAGCUAUGUGUGAAAGAGCACAGAGUACGAGCUGAAACCAACACACACAGACCUCCAGACAGAACACUGUUCAUCCUCAAUGUUCCUCCAUACUGCUCACAGAGUGUGGUGAAGGACCUGUUCUCUCAGUUUGGUCGAGUUCAGAGUGUGGAACUGAGUGAGAAACCUGGAGCAGCUGAAGACAAACAACCCAACCUGUCACCUUAUUUCACACCUGUACACAAACAGUGUUUUAAGGUGGCCUAUGUGGUGUUUAAACGCUCGUCAUCUGUAGCGGCGGUUAAAUCACAUCCGUACGACUCUCCUCUCAUCAUCUCCACUACAGAGAAACCAUGUCAUACCGGCAUCGAGAAGUGGAUCCAUGAAUACACACAGUCGUUCAUCACUCCAGAGCUGCUACAGAAAGCUGUUGAUAACUUCAUGAGCCAGUACGACAAGAGGAAAGAUGAGGAGGCGGAGCUUCAGAAGAAGGAGGCGGAGGAACAGCAGGAGGAUGAGGAGGGUUGGGUUAAAGUGACUAGAGGAGGCAAAGGCAUUAAGUCCCGCCCACACAGUGAGACAGCCAAUCAGAGAGCGAUUCAGAAAGAACACAACAAGAAAAAGAGGAAAGAGCUGCUGAACUUCUACACAUGGCAACAUCGCAACUCCAAAAGAGAGCAUAUUGCUGAAUUGAGGAGGAAGUUUGAGGAGGACAAACAGCGCAUUGCUUUACUCAGAGCACAGAGGAAAUUCCGACCCUACUGAAACACACACACACACACACACACACACACACACACACAUUUGGUUUUUCUGUAAAAAUAAAAUUUGAGAAAAAUAAUAA